CAUGUCCCGUUCGUGUGCUCCGGUAUCCCUAAUUGAACCUGUGUGUACCGACCUUCGUCAGUUCUCCGACAACCUUGUUCUAAAACAGCUCCGACAUCUGAAAUAUACCAACAGUGCAGGAGAAAAGAUGCGUUUUGAUGAGAACUUUGACUUGGCAGCAAACUACACAAUAAUCAACUGGCACAGAUCUGCUGAAGAUGGUUCUGUGGUGUUUGAGGAGGUUGGAUAUUAUAAUAUUCAUUCAAAGAGGGGAGCCAAGCUGGUCAUUGACAAGACAAAGAUCCUCUGGAAUGGAUACUCUAUUGAGGUUCCAUUCUCCAAUUGCAGCGAGGAUUGUGAACCGGGCACCAGGAAGGGCAUCCUAGACAGUAUGCCCACUUGUUGCUUUGAAUGCACUGAGUGCUCAGAUGGAGAGUUCAGUAACCACAAAGAUUCCAGCAUUUGCACCAAAUGUCCCAAUAACUCCUGGUCCAGUGGGAACCACACCUUGUGCUUUUUAAAGGAAAUUGAGUUUCUGUCCUGGAAUGAACCAUUUGGGAUAGCUUUGGCCAUAUGUGCAGUACUUGGUGUUGUCUUGACAGCUGUUGUCAUAGGAGUGUUCGUCAAAUUCCGCAACACCCCCAUAGUGAAGGCCACAAACCGAGAGUUGUCCUACUUGCUCCUCUUCUCGCUUAUCUGUUGUUUCUCCAGCUCACUUAUCUUAUCCCGCUUACUUUAG